CGUCCACAACUGAAUCAAGCGACCAUCCGAGCGAAGAUUCAUCAGAUUCCCGCCGUCGGCGUCCACUCACGCAUCGCCACGCCAUUUUCAUUCUCAACAAAUACAAAAAUCAAUUUAAUUUAAUCAAAAAAUAGAAAAACAUUCAAAGCAAAAUCAACAACAAAUCAACGCGAAAAUCGAUUGAAAAACUGUGUCCGUGCCUGUGUAUUGUCCGCCAUCUUGUUCUUGCAAAUGUGACUUGUCAAAAAAUAGCAGUGCCUGUGUCCACACCCACAAAAACAACAAAAACAUAAACAAUACACAAACAUUUACCACACCAGACACAUACAGAUUGAGAAACUAUGCCAAAGAAAGUUAUUGCAGCCGCCUCCACACCAUCUGCCGGUGGCGGCGGAGGUGUAGGUGGUGGUGGAAAUAAUGGCGAUGGGAAGGCACCGGUUAAAGGAUAUAAACCGCCGUGGAUUAAAGAGGCGGCCGAGCCGAAUAAAGAAACGGAGACGCCAUGGGGGAUCAUGAAGAAGCGGGAUUGUAUUAAUGAUCCAGAAGAGGCGAAGAAGUCAGCGGCGAGUCAGAAGCAAAAGACACGAGGUCGAGAUGAUGAUGAUGAUGAAGAUACCGGAGCAAAUUUUGCAAUACCCACGCUACGAAAAGUCUCCCUCAAAACCGAAAAAAUCGAAAAUGGCGAUUCAAGUGAACCCGAGCCGAAACAAUUCAUCAAACCAGCGCUCAAAUCAGUCCGCACCAAAGAACCCAAACCUCUCACGCGUGAAGAAAGCAAGACCAAGAUCGUCAUACCGAAACUAAACAGCGUCAAAGUGGAAAAGAUGAAGGAAUUACCGCCGCCGCCCAAGAAAGAUCAACCCGACUAUCGCAAUGUCCUCAAGAAGGUGGAAACACGCGAUCGCAUCGACGAUGAAAAGAAGCGAGGCGCACCAAUGGCGCCACCCAUGCCGCCGAUGCCGCCGCCACCGCCGGCGAUGCCCAAGGUUGAUAGUAAACUGAAUGAGAAGCAGAAGGCGUCGCUGGAUGCAUUGAAAUCACGACCAAAAACACGUCCAGAUUGGACAGCACUCCUCAAGGGCAUCGAAUCAGGCGCCAAACUAAAACAUGUCGAAAUCAACGAUCGCUCCAAGCCACUCCUACCGAAAGCCAAAGCCAAAGGGCAGUUCUUAUACGAGAGCGAAAAAGAUAAUGCACACAAUGUCCUACUUAAAGAGAUCCAACAAGGCACCAAACUGAAAAGUGUCAAGACCAACGACCGCAGCAAACCUAACCUCGAAGGCCUCCGCAAGUUCCGCCGCCAGAUGACCAUCGAGGAACAAAUUCAAAAAUCCGUCAGCAUGGCGUCCAUGGCCGGCAUGCCCAUUAAUCUUCAAAAUAAUCCAUCAAUGGCCAGCAUAGUAACAAAUUUACAGAACAAUCCAUCAAUGGCCAGUAUAGUUCCACCUAAUUUCACCCCGGAUGACCUUGCGGCUGACCUUGACGACCUCGAUGAUGAACUGGACGACAUCGACAAAGUGCGCGAUGACCUCCAAAGCACCAAACAACUCCUAGCCAUAGAAAUGCGUAACAAGGAACAACAAAUACGCGAAAACAAACGUUUAUUAUACCGAAUUCAAAACUUGGAGAAAGAUAUGGAUGAAAACAAAUCCAUCGCCAAAAACGAGCAGGAAGCCGAUAAGCGACGUGAACCCGAUGAGAAACUCAUCGUGACUCUCAAAGCGGAGGCUGCGGAAGCACGCAAACGUAAUGAGGAGCUAGAGAAGAAGUUGACGCAAGCGGCCAAGGAGCUGGAUAACACAAAGUAUGACCUUGAGGAGAUGAAGAGGAGGAAUUCGGAUUUGGAGAAACGGCUGCAAGAGUACAUGACUGGGAAGAGGUAUUCGGUGGCGGAUAGAAGGGAGAGUCAGAUGAUGGACGAUGAUGGUGAUAGAGAUGAUGAGGAUGAUGAUGAAGAGACGGAGGAAACGGAGGAGAAGGCGGCGAAGAGAGGGGCGAGGGAGUUGAAGAUGUUGGUGAAUAAGUUGAGAGGGUUUAAGAAUAAGGUGGAUAAUGCGAAGAAGGAGCGGAUUGCGUUGAAGGAGAUCAUGAAGAAGCAUCAGGUGGCGAUUAGGGACGAGAAGAAGAGGUUUAAGCAAUUGCAAAAGGAGGUUGACAAGAUGGCCGCCCUAAUGAAAGAGUCCGAAAGUGAUGAAGAAGAAGACUCUGACGAAGAAGAACGUGAGGAAGACGAAUCUGAAGAGGAAACCACCGAAAGCGAGACGGAAUCCAGCGAUACAGAAUCGGAAUCGGAACGUUCGCAAUCCGAACCAGAAGAUGCGCCACUCGAGAAAAAGAAAGAGAAUGUCGUAGCACGAUCCCGACGCCAUGAGAAUCGUCUCUCCGCGUUGAAGAAAACCAAUUUCAUGUUGAAAACGAACGCGGAGCGAUUGCAGGAUGAUUUGAAUCAACAGAAAGAAAUGACUGCGACAUUACAGAAUGAUUUGGACAGUGUCCUUGCUGAAUUGGGGUAGGAAUCUGUAAUAAUCGAAUGACAAAGCAGAUAAAAUCUGUCAAAUGUCAAAUGACUACGCAGUUGUUACUUGUUUCUCCACUUAUUACUCUUUACGUUGUGUUUCGUCUUUUACGUUUCUGUUUCUAAUGACUUUUAUGAUAUUCGUAUAGGUAGUGCUUUUUUAUAUUAAAAUACAUGCAAGACUUGUAAGAUGUUGACAAAAUACACGGAUAAACAAUA